GCUUCGCAAGGUAAUUAUACUCCUUUUCUGCUUGGUUGGGAUGCUCAUGGUUUACCUACCGAACACAAAAUGCUCCAAAUUUAUAAGGAUAAAAAAAAUGAUUUGCGACCACUUUGCCAUCAAUUUGCCUUAGAACAAUCCCAAAUUCAGCGAGAACAAUUAAAAAAGUUAGGGUUAUUUACUGAUUAUAAUCAAUAUUAUAUUACUCUGGAUAAAAAUUAUGAAGCCGAACAAAUCCGAGUUUUUGGCGAAAUGGUAAAAAAAGGCUUGAUUUAUCAAGGAUUUAGACCAAUUCAGUGGUCUUGUGGGCACGAAACGGCGCUGGCCGAAGCUGAAAUAGAAUACUUACCAAAAAAAGAUACUUCCCUUUACUUUAAAGUUAAGUUAGCAAAAACUCCUGCUUUUUUAGGUCAAGAAGAUAUUAAUCUUUUGGGGGGAAAGUUAAAAGUAGCAAAAGUAUUUUUAGGAGAAGAAUUAUUAGGAUUAAAUUAUUUUCACCCUUAUCAUAAAGAUAUAAAAGGAUAUAUUGUUGAUGGAAGUGAUUUUAUUGAGGAGGGAGAAGGCACUGGGAUAGUUCAUUUAGCGCCGGCUUUUGGUGCUGAGGAUUUUGCUGCGGCAAAAAAGGAAAAAUUAAUAGUUGAUUGUCCGGUAGAAUCGAAUGGUUUAUUUAAUGAAAAAAUUGGAGUUCCGGAGUUAAUUGAGCCUUUAAAAAAUUUGACGCAAUUGAAAAGUUUAUAUGUCGACAACACCGAUGUUAACAAUGGUAUUGAACACUUGCCCGAAAGUUUAAAAUACAUCAGUUAUUCUACCGAAAGAAGACCCGAAAGCAAAGUUAAAGAAAUUGCUGAACAAUUAGAAUGGAUAGGCAAGCAUUUUAGUG